AUUUCCCAAGCUGUUUCAACUUCCUUUAGAAGCAAGUACUUUCCUGCACUGAUCACAAUUUUUAGCAGAGGAGAACUGGACCCUGUGAGCACUCUCAGUUAAUAAAUGUCCCCUUAAAAGAUUGAAAACAUGAGACUGCCUACAAAGAUUAUUUGGUUUAUAUUAUGGACUGUUUGUACAGCAGAAGAUUGCCACGGACCUCCUCCAAGAGGAGGUACAGAAAUUCUGUCAGGUUCCUGGCCUGACCAGACUUAUCUAGAAGGUACUCAGGCUAUCUACAAAUGCCGCCCUGGCUAUAGAACCCUUGGCACCAUCAUAAAGACAUGCAGAAAUGGAGAAUGGGUGGCUGUUAAUCCAGCCAGGAUAUGUCGGAAAAGGCCCUGUGGACAUCCCGGGGAUACUCCCUUUGGUUCUUUUCAUCUUGCAGUGGGCAAUGAAUUUGAAUAUGGUGCAAAGGUUGUUUAUACAUGUGAUGAGGGAUAUCAAAUGUUAGGCGAGAAUAAUUUUCGUCAAUGUGAACCAGAUGGAUGGACAAAUGAUGUUCCUAUAUGUGAAGUUGUUAAGUGUUUGCCAGUGACAGCACCAGAGAAUGGGAAAAUUGUCAGUGGUACACUGGAACCAGACCAGGAAUAUUAUUUUGGACAAGUGGUGAAGUUUGAGUGUAAUGCAGGCUUCAAACGUGAAGGACACCAAGAAAUACACUGUUCAGAAAAUGGUCAUUGGAGUAAUGAAAAACCAAGAUGUGUGGAAAUUUUCUGCACUUCGCCAGAAGUUAGAAAUGGAUAUUCUAUAUCUCAGAAGAAAAUUUUUAAGGCGAAUGAAAGAUUUCAAUAUAAAUGUAACCAAGGUUUUGAAUAUAGUGAAAGAGGUGAUGCUACAUGCACUGAUUCAGGAUGGAGUCCAAGUCCCUCAUGUGAAGAAAAAACAUGUAAUCCUCCUUAUAUUCCAAAUGGUGUCUACUCACCUCAAAGGAUUAAGCACAGAACUGAAGAUACAAUCACAUAUGAAUGUAAAAAUGGCUUUUAUCCUGCAACCAGGGGAAAUACUGCAAAAUGCACAAACAGUGGCUGGAUACCUGCUCCAAGAUGUAGCUUGAAACCUUGUGAUUUUCCAGAAAUAAAACAUGGACGUCUAUAUUAUGAAGAAAGAUAUAGACCAUACUUUCCAGUACCCAUAGGAAAACAAUAUGCCUAUCAUUGUGAAAACGGUUUUGUACCUCCUUCACAAUCAUACUGGGAUAACAUUCGUUGCACAAGAGAAGGCUGGGAGCCGAAAGUACCAUGCCUCAGAGAAUGCAUUUUCAAUUAUGUGGAAAAUGGAUAUAGUCCAUAUUAUGAAAGAAAAUAUAUACAAAAUCAAUCUGUUAAAGUUGACUGUUAUCCUGGCUAUAGUCUUCCACAUGAGCAAAACACAAUUACAUGUACAGAGAAUGGCUGGUCCCCUCUUCCCAAAUGCGCCCGUAUCAAAACAUGUUCAAAAUCGGAUAUAGAAAUUGAGAAUGGAUUUCUUUCUGAAUCUGAUUAUAUAUAUGCUCUAAAUAAAAAAACACAAUAUAAGUGCAAACCAGGAUAUGUAACUGCAGAUGGGAAAACCUCAGGAUCGAUUACCUGCCUGCAAAAUGGAUGGUCAGUUCAACCCACAUGUGUUAAAUCUUGUGACAUGCCAGUAUUUGAGAAUGCUAGAACCAAAAGUAAUGCCACCUGGUUUAAACUCAAUGACAAGUUGGACUAUGAAUGUAAUGUUGGAUUUGAAAACAGAUUAAAACGUGCCAAAGGAUCCAUAGUAUGUAAAGCCAAUGGAUGGUCUCAUAUGCCCAUAUGUUAUGAAAGGGAAUGCACAAUUCCUGAAAUAGAAAAAUUCUUAAUUGCUGAUCCCAAGAAAGAAAAAUAUAAAGUCGGAGACUUGUUGAAAUUUUCCUGCCGAUCAGGACUUACAAGAGUUGGACCAGAUUCAGUGCAAUGUUACUAUUUUGGAUGGUCCCCUAAUAUCCCAGUAUGUAAAGAAGAAGUACAUUCAUGUGGUCCACCUCCUCUACUACUCAAUGGAAAAGUUCAGGAAAAAAUGAAAGAAGAAUAUGGACACAAUGAAGUGGCAGGAUGUAAUUGCAAUCCCAGAUUUCUGAUGAAGGGACCUAAUAAAAUUCAAUGUGUUGAUGGAAAGUGGACAACCUUGCCAAUAUGUACUGAGGAGGAGAGAACAUGUGGAGCUAUACCCGAACUUGACCAUGGCUCUGCCCAGCCUUCUGCCCCUCCAUAUUACCAUGGGGAUUCAGUGGAGUUCAAUUGUACAGAAAACUUCACAAUGAUUGGAGACAGAUCAAUUACAUGUAUUAGUGGAAUGUGGACCCAACUUCCUCUGUGUGUUGCAACAGAUCAACUUGAGAAGUGUAAAGCACCAAGGUUAAUUGUACAUGAGGCAAAUCAAUCAGAUAAAAAUGAAUAUAAUCAUAAUUAUAACCUAAGUUACAAAUGUAAGGGAGAACUGGAAUACAAACAUGCAAUCUGUGUCAAUGGAAGAUGGGAUCCUGAAUUGACCUGCACAAAAGUGGAAAGACACUCCUGCCCACCUCCACCUCAGAUUCCCAAUGCUGAAGACAUGACAACCACAGUGAAAUAUCAGGAUGGAGAAAAAGUAUCUGUUCUUUGCAAAGAAAAUUAUCUGAUUCAGGGAGCAGAAGAAAUCGUGUGCAAAAAUGGAAGAUGGCAGUCAAUACCACGCUGUGUUGCAAAACUUCCGUGUUCUCAACCACCUGGUAUAGACCAUGGAACCAUUAGGCCAUCAAGAUUUUCAGAAGAGUGGAAAGAAAUAAAUGAAUCCAGAUAUUAUGCACAUGGCACUAAAUUGAAUUAUAUUUGUGAAGAUGGUUUUACAACCUCUGAGGAAGAUGGGAUAACAUGCCACAUGGGCAAAUGGAGUUCUCCACCUCAGUGUGUAGGACUUCCUUGUGAAUCUCCACCUUCCAUUUUAAACGGUUUUGUGUCUCAUGAGUUAGACAGUUACCCAUAUGGAAAAGAAGUUACUUACAAUUGUUCGGAAGGUUUUGGAAUUGAUGGACCUGCAUUUAUAAAAUGUUUAGGAGGAAAAUGGUCCUCCCCACCAGAAUGCAUAAGAACAGAUUGUUUUAAUUUACCCAACUUUGAUGGUGCCACACUCAUAGGACUGAGGAAGGAAUCAUAUAAGUCUGGGGAUCAAGUGACUUACAAAUGUCCAACAUUUUACCAAUUGGAUGGGUCCAAUACUGUGACAUGUAUUAAUGGCAAAUGGAUAGGAAAGCCGAUGUGCAAAGAUACUUCCUGUGUGAAUCCACCCAUAGUGGAAAAUGCUAAUAUAUUAUCAAAACAGAUGCGUAGAUUUCCAUCUGGUGAGAGAGUACGUUAUGAAUGCAUCAAACCUUUUGAAAUAUAUGGGGAAGUAGAAGUGAUGUGUCUAAAUGGAACCUGGACAGAGCCACCUCAGUGCAAAGAUUCUACAGGAAAAUGUGGUUAUCCUCCACCUAUUGAAAACGGAGACCUCACUUCAUUCCCGUUAUCAGUAUAUUCUCCAGGUUCAUCGGUUGAAUAUCAGUGCCAGUCUUUGUAUCAACUUCAGGGUAGCAAGACAAUAGUGUGUAGAGCUGGAGAGUGGUCAGAACCACCCAAAUGUUUACAUGCAUGUGUAAUAUCAGAAGAAAUCUUGGAAAGACACAACAUAAGCUUCAGGUGGAAAGAAGAGCAAAAACUUUAUUCUAUGUCAGGAGAUUCAGUUGAAUUUAGAUGUAAAUAUGGAUAUCGUCCAUUAGCAAAUCAACUAUUUCGUACAAAGUGUAUUGAUGGUCACAUGGAGUAUCCUCGUUGCACAAAAAAAUAAUAGGUUCCAUUAUUAAUAUCAUUAGAACAUACACUUAAAUUCAGAAUUUUUAUUAUUUAAUCUAGUUUUAAUUUUAUUUUUAAGUAUUGUUUAACUCAUUUUUAUUCAUAAAUCAGAAUUUGUGUUGAUAUGUGCUGACGUAUUUAGAAUCUCAGAGACCACAGGCCCACAUCUUAAAAGCAUUGCAUUCAAAUUUGGCAAACUGGUUGCAUCCUGUUCAUAAAACAUCUAUGGCAAGAAAUUAAAUGCAAUUACUUCCAUGUUUGUCUGUAUCCAUCAUUCUCCAAACUCUAAAAUUUUCUACAUAACUUUUGAGGUUCUCUGAGACUUUGUUUCACAGUGCAUGGAAAGAUACACUCUCCAUCUUCAAAAUUAUGUAAUUCAGAAACAUGUAAAAACCAAAUAAGUCAUGCCUUAUGUUAGUAAAAAAAUAUAAGCAAUUACUGAUUAUUACUUAUCAGUCAAUAAACAAAUGUAAAAAAGAUGACAUCUGAGCUUCCAAAAUACAUGAAUCUAGUCCAUUUAAAAAUGUAAACAAAUCACAAAGAGGAAUACAAGUUUAAUUGGAUAUGUAACUAUCAUAACUGUAACUGUAUAACUAUGGAAAAAAGGAUUGGCAGAAAAUGCCAUACAAUCAGUAAAAACUACAUUUGUGUUUAUAGAAAGAGGAUUAAGUUGUAAUUCCUUUAAAGAGACAAUCCCUAAGUUAUAGUGGUUUAACUUGUGAUUUUUUUGCACUGUAGUAUGAAAGUGAUAUGUAUUGAGUAGAAACUGUAUUUUAAUCUUUUUCUAAUGCUAGAAAUUCAUGGUAUACUACUUUUAUGUUAUUGGUUACAAAUAUUUAACAGCAUCCAAUUGGGCUUGUGAUCAACAAAGUAAGCAGUCAAUAUCUACAGAGUACUCUUCUGCUAAGCUAUGAUAUAGGAGAGGUUGGGGAUAUUAAAUACAUGUUCAACUUAAAAUAAUUUCAAUUUAUCAUGAGUUAAUCAGGAGGUAACCCCACUAUAAGUUGAAGAGUAUCAGAACUUAUCUAUAUUGUAAAAUUUUCAAUCUUUAAUAUAAUCAGUAUUGAACCUUAAGAAUAAGAUAUUUUAAGAUAAUGAUGUCUAAAAAGCAAGGUGAUCAUGUGUAGAAAUACAGACCUCAUUGGCAAUGAUCUCAAUGUCAAAUAGUGCUUUAAUGAAUUUUUUGUUAUAGAAAUGCUUUUCUAGCUUAAAAAUUUCAGUAACAAGAUUUUGAAGUGUAAUUUUUAUGUCUUUACAUUUCAGAUUCCACUAUUUAGUUAAAAUCACUUUUGAAUAGAAACAUCUUUGAUUUUUAAAAGGUAUAAUGUUUAGGAUGAAAAUAAAGAUAAAAAUACACAAAAAUUUAAUGUGACAAAUGGUUACUUCAUAUUGCAAAAAAUCACAUGGCUUAUAUUAAAUACUUUCUUCUUCUUUCAGAUCCUGAUUUAGACAAAUUGACUGAGUUGAGGCAGAUUUCUCAAUUUCAAGGGAAUUGGUUACAAUAAGCAAGUAAUCUUUGUGUUUAAUGUUAACACUUGUGAAUAUACUUAACUCAUUCCCAAUGGGCCACUAUAACAAAUAAAUCUAAUUUAUUCAGUGUG